AAUAUAUUGCAUGAGAAGAAGAAACCUUAAUUAGGCUUGAUUUACUAAUUUGAACAAGAGAUAAAAAAUGGCAUCACCAUCAGUAGUACCAAAAGUGAAAUUAGGUUCACAGGGUCUUGUUGUUUCAGCACAAGGUUUGGGUUGUAUGGGCAUGUCCGGGAACUACGGACUUCCCAAACCCGAACUCGAUAUGAUCACGCUCAUUCACCACGCCAUUGAAUCCGGUGUCACAUUUCUUGACACCUCCGACUUCUAUGGCCCUCACACCAACGAAAUCCUCAUCGGCAAGGCUUUGAAAGAAGGUGGACUGAGAGACAAAGUUCAGAUUGCUACGAAAUUUGGAAUCCAAUGGAUUGACGGGAAGCUGGAGAUACGUGGUGACCCCACAUAUGUUCGGGAAGCUUGUGAAGCUAGUUUAAAGAGGCUUGGUAUUGAUUGCAUUGAUCUUUACUACAUUCACCGGAUUGACAUUCGUAUCCCAAUUGAAGUCACGAUGGGGGAACUGAAGAAACUGGUGGAGGAAGGGAAAGUGAAGUAUAUCGGAUUAUCAGAAGCAUCUGCUUCAACGAUUAGACGGGCUCACGCUGUCCACCCAAUAACGGCGGUACAAAACGAGUGGUCUUUAUGGUCACGAGAUUUAGAGGAUGAAAUUGUUCCUACUUGCAGAGAACUUGGCAUUGGGAUUGUUCCUUACAGUCCUAUUGGCAGGGGAUUCUUGGCUGCAGGUCCUAAAGUGGUCGAAAACAUGAUAGAUGGCGACAUAAGGAAGAGUAAUCCAAGGUUUUUGAAUGUGGAUCACAAUAAGACUGUAUUCGAGAAAGUGAAUGAGAUGGCUACAAGGAAAGGAUGCACCGCGGCUCAGCUAGCAUUGGCGUGGGUGCAUCACCAAGGAAGUGAUGUGGUUCCAAUACCAGGUACCACAAAGUUUGACAACUUCAACCAAAACAUUGGAGCUUUGUCUGUAACGCUAACAUCAGAUGAGUUGGCGGAACUUGAAUCGUUUGCUUCGAGUGAUGUGGUCAAGGGUGAGAGGAAUCCAUUCAUGCAAUUCACCUGGAUGAACUCUGAAACUCCUCCAUUGUCAUCUUGGAAAAGCAGUUGAGCUGUUGAUCGCUUAUACUACAAAAUAACGGAAACGUUGACUGAAUAAGGUUUUCAAGGCCUUGUAAGUUGAAUUUUUAGCUGCUGUUUGUUUGAUAGGAGCUUUGUAAGUUUGUAUUGCUCCUAAAUAAAUCAUCUUGUGCACGAUUCAUGUGUUUUUUGUGUACUUGUUUCUCGAAUUAAGAUAUAUUCUUCUAUAUCCAAUAUACAUUUUCAAUUUUUCAUAA